CACUUCUUUCGAAGAUUUUUUCUAGAAGGACAGCGUUUCCUUGAUCAAUCCGAACUCAUUAAUUUUUUAGAGAUUUAUAGUACGGUAAUGUUUAAUUUGACGUUCAUGUUGCCAUGGCGUGCAAUCUAAUCAAAGCGAUUGCUGUAAAUUAGCGGUGAACCCCAACAAUUUGAAUUCUGUAUUGAACAUGUGUUUUGAUGAUCGAUCACGGAAUAACUCGUACCCAAAGAAGAGAACUAUGCUGUUCGUUUUCCUGAGACUGCACCAAUGACUUCAAAUGAAAGCGAUGAUGAAAAUCUGGCACUAAACUCUGAAAGUCAUGUUCAGUCUGGUUCAUCACAAGAUGGUGUUUUGCCAACCCCUUUGCAUGCUGCUGCUGUGAAUGGAAACAAGUCUCUUCUUCAAAGGCUACUGCAAGAAGAGGAAAGAAGUCUUAUCAAUAAUGGAGACCAGUUUGGCCGCACUCCGGAAAUGUGAAGUGUGUAAAACUACUGCUGUCUAAAGGAGCAAAUUGGAAAGUAAAAGACAACAAAGGAAGAACUCCACUCCAUUUUGCCACAAGCCAUCAAUCACCCAAGUGCUUAAGCAUCUUACUGAAACGAGUCCCUAAGGGCGAAGCAGAUGAACCAGAUAAUGAUGAGAUGACAUCUCUUCACUGGAGUGUGUCUUAUGGGAAUGCUGAGCAUGUCAAGCUAUUGCUAAAGGCAGGAUGCUCUGUGACGGUUACUGACUUGGAAAAGAGGACACCUCUUCACUGGGCAAUAACAAAUCCAGAUCCUGCUGUUGUGAAACUCAUUUUGGAAGCAAACUCGGAUAUCGUCAACCAUCAGGACAAUGAAGGAAGGACUGCUCUGCAUCUUGCUGUGGCAGAGCAGAAUGAGGCGGCUGUUAAGGUGUUGCUGGCUCUUGACAAGUGUAAAGUGUCGGCCCAAGACAACAUGAGCCGGUCACCUCUACACUGGGCAGCGGUGUUAGGCAACUCUCAGUUAGUGAAAAUGCUACUGGAGAGAAAUGCGGAUUUCACUGCUGCAGACAGCAAUGGGGCUACUGCUCUUCAUUACGUGGCUCAGAGCAAUUAUUGUGAAACUGUCAAAGUGUUCCUGUCUUUCGACAAAGUCAACGAUAUUCCUGAUAAUGAAGGAAGAACUGCUCUCAUGUGGGCUGCAGGGAAAGGAAGUGAGAGUGCGUUAAAGACAAUGUUAGAGCACAACUUAGACGUGCACGCCAAAGACAAAUUGGGAGGAACAGCGCUGCAUUCGGCUGCCUACUCUGGUCACGUGAACUGUGUCAAGCUGCUGAUCCAAUUUGGAGCCUGCGUUGAUGCACUGGACAUGCUUCAGCACACGCCCAUCUUUCGCGCAUGCGAGAUGGGACACACUGAAGUUGUCAACAAUUUGAUUCUGCUGGGUAAGAGAGCUACCAACCUUUUCGUAUUUUCUUCCAGGUUGACUCCUCUCGACUAUGCCAUUAUUGGUGACCACCAGGAUGUAGCGCAGUAUAUGAUCGAACAAGGAGCUUUGACUAUUAACGGAAUCCAGGACAUUGCUGCCACGACAGUUCAGAAGUGUUGGCGUGGUUACACAGUCCGCAAGGCAUUUCAAGACAAGAAGAAUUUGUUUUUGAGACACGAGCAGUUGAAAGGGCAGAAACGAGCAAGUGCUGCAAGGACUGGGGACAUAUUUGGUAACCAGUCUCCUUACAGCGUAUCCCCUGGUAGUGCAUCUCCAAGAGAUUUCACGAAAACUGACGCCUUUGACAAUGAACGACAUUUACAAGUUUUCACUGAAGACUUUCCUGAGGAAAAUAUGGAAGAAGCACUGCCGCCGUUUACUGAAGAAAGAAGACAUUCACAAAAUGAAAGUACCAGUAAAGAUAAACUAUUAACAGACAAUACUUGUCCACGAGAUUAUACAGAAAGACAUGUCACUAAUGUACUGCAAGAAGCAAAAGUGGAUGAAAGUUGGUCUUCCUCGGAAAGUCCAUCAUCAGGACGGAAAUCCGAAGACAGAUUUCAUUUUAAGAAUGAUGCCGAGAUGGUGAGAGUAGUUUCGUCGUUAUUGUUGGAAGAAGACUUCGAAUUAGACGAAGGAUUUUCGUUCGCAAAUGAGGGUGAAAAUACUGUGCGUAGAGUUAAUGUCACGAAAAAUGAUCCGCCUCGUUUGGCGCCUGCAAAAAAGUUACACAGCGGUAUUUCAAAAGCAGAGCUUGCGCGGAGGGAGCGCGAACGGCUUCAUUUAAUACGCUCGAAAGUGAACGCAGCGGUAUUGAUUCAACGUUGGUUUAGAAAAUGGAUCUCGAUGAGACGUGAACGUUUCGAACGCGAUGUGGUAUUAUCGGAGGUAAAAAAUGAACAGGAAGAACUCAACAAGGAAGUCGCCGCGCUUACAAUUCAACUGGCGUGGAGGAAACAUUAUAGACUCGAGUUUGAGAAAAUCUCCGCUGGAACUAAACAGCAGAAAUCGAAAAAACCGCCCUUUUUGAGUUCCGCUUCGUGUAAACAGAAACAAAAUGGAAUACACAUAUACGGGCGCCCUCUUCGAAAAGUUCCGUCCAUGAACGGCUUUAAUUCGCGCAACGCUUUCAAACGAAAGCCUGGGUCUACAAAACAUGAUCCUGCCUCUCCAGCCGCCAUGUCAUAUAACAUGGCGAUGGACUUAUAUCAUCCCUUGGGAUCGAGGCAAGGCAACAGUCGUGCUGCCAUAGUUACAUCUAGCACCAGAGUGAGGCCUGGGAGCAUGAAGAGAACUGUUAAUGGCUGGACUCAUAAUAUUGGGUUUUUAUCCAGAAUCAGUGGACACAAAACAGGAUCAAAGGAUCCCAAAACGUAGCAGAUGUUGCUUUCCUGAUCUUGGUAUUAUUUCAUGGAGGGGUGUUUAGUAAAAGCCGAUUACCGCUGGUUUACCGCCGCCCACAAGACCUCUUACCGCCGUCUGUUGAGCUUGCGAUCAGGCUCUCGUGUUUGGGUUUCACCUUAAGUCCCCUCUCUGGGGCAGCUGCCUAUUACAUAAUCGGCAGCCGCUCAUGGAAAACGUUAUAGGAACCCCCGUACUUUCCACUGGCUCCCUGUUAGUUUCUGCAUCUCUUCGCGUUUUAGUUUCUAAUGUAAAUCUUACCGAAGCUUCGUGAAUGCCUGGUAGAAGUGAGCAACAUCAUGUGAUUUUAGAAUUUUUUUCGCUGUGCAAAACUACUCACAGCUCGGAUAAAAUAAAAAAAUACCUGUCUAGUUAGGUUGAAAAACAAAAAGAGGUAAUGAUAAACAAUGAAGGAUGGCCAGGGAUGGUGGAAUGGAAGAUGCACGUGAAUCAGUGCCAAGAGAUGGAUAAAUCGUGCCAUAGCUCAUCGUUAAAGAACAUCACUGAGAUAUUACAUAUUAUUGAGUUGCAUGUAAUUACAACCAUAACUUAAAAUAUCCUUGCAUUUUUUAUGUUGGUAAACGAAUUAAAAACGAUAUAAAUAUUAUAUAAA